AUGGCGGCAAUAAAUACUACUUCAGCUUCUAUUCCACAUUGGGCAUUGAACGGCACUAUUUAUGGUUCGAAUGAUUCUUUUCUUUUAUUGAAUAUUUUUCCAGCAGAUGUAGCUGAUGAUCUCUUCUAUAAACUACGUGAUGAAAUAGCUUGGAAUGAGAUGAGACAGAAAGGUGGUCGAGUGCCACGUGACAUAUCUAUCCAAGGGACGAUUGAAGUUAAGGAUGGUGAUGAAUAUGAGCCACUCUAUCGUCAUCCUGCCGAUGAACAGCCUGAAUUGAUAAUGUGGACACCAACAGCAUUGAUUAUUAAAGAACGAAUUGAAGAAUUAAUCGAACAAAAACUAAAUCAUGCAUUGAUACAGUAUUAUCGAAAUGGAAAAGACUUCAUUGGCGAACAUUCAGAUAAAACUUUAGAUGUCUUACUUCAUUCGAAUAUUGUAAAUUACAGUUUAGGUGCUGCUCGAACCAUGAUACUUAAACAUAAAACUCAAGCGGGUGUUAAGCAACGGUUCAAACUUCCGCACAAUUCUCUAUUUAUCUUAGGCUGGAAAACCAAUCGGGAAUGGCUUCAUUCCAUUAAACAAGACAAUCGUGCUGACAUGGAUAAAGACGCUGAUGAAUUGGCAUUUUCCAGUCAACGAAUAUCGUUGACUCUACGUUCAAUUGCAACAUUUCGUAAUCGUCGAACGGGAGAAUUGCAUGGUCAAGGUGCACGAAAUAAAACCUUAGAAGAAAUCAAUCGAGAUCAAACUAUGGAUACAAACGAUGAACAAAAUAUGUUAAUGGCAUUUAGUGCUGAAAAUAAACAAUCUUCGGAAUUCGAUUGGGAUCAGCAAUAUGGCGAAGGUUUCAAUGCAUUAAAUUUUAAAGUUUUGAACUCUAUUUUGAUAGAUGAGGAAGAAAAAACAAAUGACAUAAAAGCUUAA